UGAUGACGUUUGAGUUUAGGACAUAAACAACAUGGACGAGAGAGAAGCGCUGAAAAGGCAAAUCGAUCUGUUGCAAAAUCUCAUCAAUAACCAUAGAAGUAUCCAUGGUGAUGCCCCUUCUUGUUCUGGCCAGCAGUGGCACCCAGCGAGACCACCAGCCCGAGGCAGGAGUCCCAGCUCAUUUUUCAGCCCUGCAUUCUCCUCGCGUGGUGGGCCUCACCCCUCUCAACCCACAAGACACUGGAGGAAGAGCUUCACCUUCAGUAGCAAGACCAGCUCAUCCCAGCACAGUAGACCUACUACACAGACUGCCAAGCCCUCUCUAGAGCAGCAGGGUAGACCAAUACAGAUUACCAAGCCCUCUUUAGAUUCUGCAGCACCCAACUCCUCUACUGGCUUCCUGUCCCUUCAUGCUGCAGAUACCUUACAGUCCAGCCACAGCAGUAAGGAACCAGCUAGAGGAGAGAAGGAUGGAACAAAAUGUGCUACAUCUAGGGAUCUAACAGGACCAAGGGGCCAGCAGUACGCACUCACAGGGGGAGUGAGAAGCUCUAUGACGGGGACAGGCAGUGGAUCCACAGCUAUAGAGGCAGAGACUGAACCCGGCAGAGGAAGGACAGGACCUGGGGGCAAGGAUGGGCUGGGAGUCUCGGAGCUUAAAGGGCCUGGACCUCCAGAGGACCAGCAUAUAGAAACGAAACACAAUAUUCAGGCCAAGACUGAAGGGAAGAGCAUAGGACUGGGACUGCCUCUGAUGGUGACCGCCCCUGGACAAAUGGACUUGUCAGGUGUCCCUUCCUCAGCCAAAAUGACCACCACUGCCACCAGGGUUCAGAGCACUGCUCAGCUACAUAUUAAACAUUGCGUGACUGGGAAAACCAACACAGUAGCUAAGCAGGUUGUUGCCAAGGCAACCUCCAACAGCAACCCCACCCCUAGCGAUGCCAAUUCACUUCCUCUACCCCUUCCACCUCCUCUCUCUGCUCCCCCUAGUGCCUCUUUCAGUCCCAGGUCCAAGCUCACCCCAGCCCAGCCAGCCUCCUCUCCCCACUCCAAGUUUUCCUGGGUGAAGAGCCAUCAGCCAGGAGGAGUCAGGCCCAACCAGGCCAGAAUAGAGUCCCGGCCCCCAGAAAAUCUAAUCACCUCUGUCACCACCACAGUCUCCCAUUCUGGGGUCCCUAGUAGUUUCUCAUCCAGCCCCAGUUCCAGUAGGAAAGCCUUUGUCCCCAGAAAGAAGGUUCCCCGUAGGCUCAGUUUAUCCACUGCAGUCCCUAAGACCUCCAAGUACACCUGGGUGUCCUCCUCUGCAGGGGCCCAGGCUAGGCUGUCCCGGAAGCCUCUCUCACCCAAAGACCUGGCUCUGGCUCUGCCCCAGAGAGCUACAGAGGGGUUGGUAGCCAAGAAACCAAAAUCCCUAAAUCUUUUAGCCAAGCAACGUAAGGCAGCAGGGGCCUCCUCCUCCACUACCCUCAGUAGUCGCUACUGCUGGAAGGCAGGGCCUGGGGGAGGGGGGCAGACUGGCUCCGGGACAGGGUCCAGAGGUGGGUCUCUGUUCCGCUGGACCUCAGAGAAAGAGAACGGGGCCAAGGGGGGGUCCAGUGUUCCUCCAUCUGUAACUCAACGCACCGCCUCCUCUUCCCCUGGAGGGUUCAAACUCAGGAGCAGGAUGAAGAUCAUCAGGAGGUCAGUUAGCAGUGGGUCUGGGGCAGAACGGAGAUCCAGCCCAGCAGCCAUGACCCUGAUCAGCCGCUACUCUCUGCGCCUUAGGACACACAUUCCGGUCCGGACACAAACUGCAGUGAGGACAUGCACCCUUGUCCAGAGCCCGGGGGGUGUGAAGAGGAGCCCGUCCCUUGAACUGGUCUCAUUUGGCAGACACAAGCUACGACGUCUCUCCCCCAACCCCUCCAGGACAGGUCCCGCCUCUCUGUCCCUGCAUAGCCAAUUGUCUCAGCGGGUUUUCAGGACGCGGUAUAAGAUAGUGACGCGCCUGGGCGGAGCCACCUUGCACACCCCACACUAUAGUAGCCACGCCCUCUCCUGGAGAGCCAAGAGGAUCCAUACGGCCAGGAGUGUGCUCCAGAGUCGUCUGCGUCCCCCCGGUAGUAAUGCCGGGCACCCCCCGGCCCAACACUGGAGAGGCAGAGGGCUGGGCAUGCGCUGGAUUGGCGGAAACCUUUACAGCGUCUCAGCCAAUAAGCUGUCCCGCACUGUGACAACCAGUGCGCCAAUCAACAGGACAGUGCGGUUGUCCAGUCCACAGGAAGUCUCCCACACCACCUCUAGCACUUUCAUCCGGCCCUCCAGCACUCGUUUUGUGGCUAGUCGUGCGGUUCAGAGGAGUCUAGCCAUCAUCAGGCACGCUCGUCAGAAGAAGUCCCAGAAACAGUACUGUAUGUACUACAACCGCUUUGGCAAGUGUAACCGUGGCAAUACCUGCCCCUACAUCCACGAUCCUGAUAAGGUGGCCGUCUGUACCAGGUUCCUGAGGGGUACGUGUAAGCAGACCGGUGGGACCUGUCCAUUCUCCCAUAAGGUGGCCAAGGAGAAGAUGCCUGUGUGUUCGUACUUCCUGAAGGGUAUAUGUAACAACGGUAGCUGUCCCUACAGCCAUGUCUACGUGUCCCGCAAGGCUGCUUUGUGCCAGGACUUCAUCAGGGGGUACUGCCCUCAGGGAGAGAAGUGUAAGAAGAAGCACACCCUGGUGUGUCCAGACUUCUCCAGUGGUGGCUCCUGUCCUCGAGGGGCCCAGUGUAAGCUCCAGCACCGUCAGAGGGCCAAACGCACCGCUCCUAACCCCAACCCCACCACAGGCCCCUCCGCUGCCCCGGCCAAGAAGUCCCGCACCAAGAGGCCUAGCCUGUCAGUGGUCCUACCUGAUGACCAGGCGGCAGAGGGUUCUGCUCAGGCAGAUCCAGGGACACUCUCGUUUUCUUCCUUGGGUCCUCACAAGACCAAGCUCCCGUCGUUCAUCUCCCUCUCCAGCUCCCCCGAAGACACAGACGCCCCGGACAUGCCCCCUGCCGACAGGGCAGAGGUCACAGAGAGAAUACUGCAGAUCAAGCCUCGACUCUAGAACUACAGGAACUAGAAUGGAUACUGCCUGAACACCAAAUGAGCUUUGAAAAUACUACAGAGACGUAUGUAUUGAAUGCUUAUGGAAGCUCUGACGUUUCUCAGACCCAUAUCUGUAUCUGCUCUCAACCACACUCAGGGUCUUUUAAUGUAGCUAAAAGUUUGCUUUAUGGACUCAUUCAUUUCAUACAGCAAUGAUGUUUGUAAUAAAGAUUGUAUUGAUAUUUGAACAUGUUUUGUUUUUUUGUAAAUUGGAGAUUGACGAAUUUGGAAUAAAAUGUAUGUUAUUACUGUA